AUGAAGGUUGCUGACCAACAGGAGAAGAAGGCCUCAGGAUGGGAUUGCAAAUGGGUCAGCCUUUCUGGUUUUACGCCGUAUUCCAACCGAUGUCGUGGUUACGCCGUCGAAAUCGUACUGCGAUUUUUAUGUAACGAUUUUGUCGUAACCAUGAGCGAUAAAAUCUUUAGCAGGAUUGGAAACGUUGGUUCUGGCUUUAAGAUCUAUGCUGAAGCCUUAUCGCUGCGCGAAGUUGAACUGUGCUCGAUGCGGGUUCGAGCCACUGAACAACAGCACGGAGCCAUUACAGUGUAUCUUCUGGAGAACAUGCAGUUGCAAUAA